AUGGGCCCCAAGCGAGACCACGAUGCCCUCACAUACUCCGACAACGAGGAGCCAGCGUCGCAACCAGUAGUCAAGCGGCGCAAAGAGCGCUCGUCUGCCAAAUCCAAAACGACGGAGCCACAGACCGACGCCACAUAUGGCCAACGCACCGCCUUCCCUGGCCUCGACGAGCCUGCUGCGCUCAGCGACGAGGACCUGGAAUUUGAGGAUCAAGGUGAUGCCCUCGCCUAUCUACGUUCUGUUCGACAAGAAGCGAACGGUAUCCCUCACCUCCUGGUAGCUCCCAAAGCCGGGCCGCAGCUCCCGCCCUCAUACCUCUCGAACGAAUCAUCGAACGACAACAAUGUAGACCGAAGCAUCUACCACGACGGCCUCGGCGAUUCCCGCGGCUACUACCAAGACGGCGCCUACACAGCCGCACCCGACAACCUCCUCGAGCGGUCCGUCCGCGAAGACGACGAUGCUCCCUAUGGCUAUGGAUACGACGACAGUAGCGACAGCGACAGUGACUACUCAACAAGCACAGAACGGAAUCUUGCGCUCGCAGACCGCAACCGUCACCUCGCGCGUGAAGCCUACUUCGCCUCUCUCAUGUCCCAAUUCUCUUCCCUGCGCAACAUGCUCCACCAAACCCCGCCCUCCUCUCUCCUCUCCCAGCUCGACAAAGACCAUGGCUACCAAGUCGGCUCCUUCGGCCCCAAAUCAUGGACUUUCAGGGUCUGGACUAAACGGAUCCGCUACACGGACCCUCUCCCGCACCAGGUGGCGGCUAUGGACCGCUUCGGCGCGCUUAAGCUUUUGCGCGUGAUUCUGGGCGGGAAGUUUAUCCGGCGCGGGUGCGAGCUGCGCGAGAGGACUAGUAGAUGGAUCUGGGCGCUGUUGGCUAGAUUGCCGGACAGGGGGGAGAUGGACCAUACGGAUAUUGGGUGGGUGAGAGAGCUGGGUAAGCGGGCGGUGUUGAUGAUGGUGAGCAUUGUGCAGAUGGCGGCGUUGAAAGAGGAGGUGGAGGGAGAUUUGGAGGGUGCGGAGCUGGCCGAGGAUGAAGUUGAAGAGGAGGUCUUGGCUGAGCUGGAGCCGGAUGUGGAUAAUGAGGGUGUUGGUCGAGUGGAUGAGGAGGUCGGUAUCGAGACGGGGGAUCAAGCGGCUGAGAAGGCUAAGUCUGAACCGACUACUACCGAGGACUCGUCGAACGCUGCAAACCCAAUUACUAAGGAUGACAGUGGCUUAACCAAGGUUGAGCAACAACCCCAGGAGCAAGAAGAGGCGGAGGAGGGGGAGAUUGACAUGGACAUUGAUGACGGAGAAGUGCUCAAUGAUGAGGAGGGAGGCCCCAACCCUUCUACUCCCUCGAAAGAGGACGCUGAGGCUGCCAUGGCUGUUGCAAAGGCACGAUUGCUUGCCCAGAUCGAUGAUGCGGCUGAAGAUCAGCGACGGGAAGAUGAGUUGACGAGACAACGACUGAACAUGAGAGCGACGCUGAACAUGAUUCUGACUGUCGCCGGUGAGUUCUACGGUCAGAGAGAUCUACUCGAGUUUAGGGAUCCAUUCCCCGCUCUUUAG